AUGAUACGUUUGGAACGUCGCCUCAUCGAUACAUUAAAUCGAUUACGAUGUAAAGUCCAUGAAAGAGGAUGCGCGCAGUUCAAAACAUCACUGACUAACACUCCAUUUCAGAAGAGUACUAUAAUUUCGGGAAUUUCGGUUUUUUCGUUGCUGGAAAGUGGGUCUCAAGCAUGGGAGUGGAAUGUGCUUUUGAAGUCAUUACAAUAUGUUUGCUUUGCAAGAAAAAAACUCAUCGACGAUUUAUUAGACCAGUUCGAGAAAAAUCUGAAAACAGCAAGAAAAAUUACUAAGGAAAUAAACGAUAAACAGGCCAGUGAAUCUUCUCGUAAAAGUAACAACGAUGAUCAACCCUCUGAAAAUCCAAACCGGGGCAAACGUCCUUCCAGCUUUCCGGAUAUACCAAUGCCUCCAUUAUCAGCUGUUUUAGCAGCCAUAGCAGCAUUUGUUGCCCUUUUCUUGGUGGCAAACAAAGGUAAAGAAAUAUCUUGGAAGGAAUUUUACACAGAGUAUUUGGAGAAAGGCAUUAUUGACCGACUAAUUGUGCACAGAACGUGGGUUGAAGUAAGAGUACGGGAAGAUGCAAGUGUUGGUGUCACUCCAUAUUUUUAUAUUGGCAGUGUGGAUACGUUUGAACGAUCCCUGGCAACCGCGCAGCAGCAUCUUGGAAUUAAUCCAGAAAAUCAAGUCACUGUUAUCUAUAAUCCGGUCGACACAGCAUCAUUGAUAAGCAGUUUAAUUCCUGUGGCCAUAUUGUUCUUGCUAGCAUGGCCUAUCAUCAGAAUGUUCUUUAGCUCAAGGCGAUCAUCAGGCAAGGACAUUGCAGGCGGUCGUGGUGGAACGAAUCCUUUUAGUGGUGGUGGUCCGUUCAAUAUGUUUGGUUUUGGACAAAGUACAGCAAGACUGAUCAAUAAAAAUGAUAUCGAUGUAAAGUUCAGUGAUGUUGCUGGUUGUGAAGAAGCGAAAAUAGAAAUAAUGGAGUUCGUUAAUUUUUUGAAAAAUCCAGAGCAAUAUAAGAAACUUGGUGCUAAAAUACCGAAGGGUGCAAUUCUAACUGGUCCACCAGGCACCGGUAAAACGCUAUUGGCUAAAGCGACUGCUGGCGAAGCAAAUGUGCCAUUUAUAACAGUUAGUGGUUCAGAAUUUCUGGAAAUGUUUGUGGGCGUUGGUCCAGCGCGUGUUAGAGAUAUGUUCUCCAUGGCUCGCAAAAAUGCACCCUGCAUAUUAUUUAUUGAUGAAAUAGAUGCUGUUGGAAGGAAGCGAGGUGAAGGUCGAUUUGGCGGUCAUUCAGAGCAGGAAAAUACUCUCAAUCAACUCCUAGUUGAAAUGGAUGGUUUCUCGACUGAGGAAUCAUCGGUUAUUGUAAUCGCAGCUACAAAUCGUCCUGAUAUUUUGGAUGCAGCUCUACUUAGGCCUGGUCGAUUUGAUCGCCAGAUCUACAUCCCUGUACCUGAUAUCAAAGGAAGGGCUUCAAUAUUUCGUGUUCAUUUGGCGAAAUUGAAGACAACUUUGGAUAAAGUGGAGCUUUCAAGAAAGUUAGCUGCUUUAACUCCCGGAUUUUCAGGAGCGGAUGUUGCAAAUGUCUGUAAUGAAGCAGCAUUAGUAGCAGCACGUGAUGCAGGAAAUGAAAUUAUCUUUAAAAAUUUCGAGCAGGCGAUCGAAAGAGUCGUUGCUGGUAUGGAGAAGAAAAGUCAGGUUUUGCAGCCGGAGGAAAAAAAGGUAGUUGCAUUUCAUGAAGCAGGGCAUGCGAUCACUGGUUGGUUUUUAAAACAUGCCGAUCCACUACUAAAAGUUUCAAUAAUACCACGUGGUAAAGGAUUAGGAUAUGCGCAGUAUCUACCGAGGGAGCAGUAUCUUUAUUCCACUGAACAACUUUUGGACCGAAUGUGUAUGAUGUUAGGAGGGCGUGUUUCGGAAGAAAUCUUUUUCGGACGUGUUACAACUGGUGCACAAGAUGAUUUGCAGAAGAUUACUGAGAUGGCCUACUCCCAGAUUGUGAAGUUCGGUAUGAGCAAGAAAGUCGGUCCGUUGUCGUUUACAGAGGGUUCAAAUUUUCAAAAACCAUAUUCUGAAACCACUGCGGAACUCAUUGAUCAAGAAGUGCGUAAUCUUGUCGACACAGCUUAUAAAAGAACCCACGAAUUGCUGGAAUCUAAAAAACCGCAAAUUGAAACUGUGGCAGAAAGAUUACUUCAAAACGAAAUUAUAUCUAGAGAAGAUUUAAUUGAGUUGCUAGGACCGCGUCCGUUUGCCGAAAAGCAAACAUACGAGGAGUUUGUUGCUGGUACUGGUGGCCUGGAUGAAGAUAUCACAUUGCCGAAGGGUUUAGAAUCAUGGAAUAAAUCAGUGAAUUUGGAAGACAAUUCCGAAACUAAAGCAAAAGCAACAAAUGGCACGGAUAAAGCAAAUAAAGAGCGGUAG